AUGGAUGCUGUUACCUAUGCAGUCUAUCUCUUGAAUCGUCUACCUUCUCGAAUUUUGGAUUUCCAAACUCCUAUGCAGGUUGAACCUACUACACCGGCUGAACCUGCUACACUAGCUGAACCUGCUACACCAACUGAACCUGCUAUUUUAACUGAUAUAGUUGCUGUCACUGAAUCAAUUGCCCCCCAUGAAGCUUCUCUAAUAGUACUCGAUCAAGCUUCUCUAUUUUACCGCCUAGACGGAACCGUGGGGUUCCACCUAAUCGUUACUCACCAGAAGGCAAAGCAAGAUAUGCUAUUGCCCAUUAUGUGUCUGAUAACAGGUUAUCUCUUGAGUGCAAAGCGUUUGUGA